AUGGCCGCUCUGGCCGAGCAACCUUAUACCAGCCUGUUCACGCAACAGCAUCAUACCGACGACUAUCCCAGCUAUCCUGAACCCCCGCAGAACGCCUUUAGUUCCGCCUCUCCCAUGGACAUUGGGGCUACCUAUCCUCCUACUACAACAUCUAUGGGUUUCGAGCCCUCCCUAUACGCCGAGACUCCAAACUACUUUCUCACCGGCCAUACGUCUCCUGGAGCAUAUCCAGAAGACGGGGACAUGAGACUGUCUUCGUCCGGUCUUUCUUCCGGCUCUGUUCCUUCAGCACCCUCUUCAGCGAUCGGUUCACCACAGUCCAGCCACGGACAGCUGGGUGUAUCUGGUUGGAGUGGUCACGGAAUGAAUGUACAGCCUGGUAUCGUUGGGAACGAUUAUAUGGCAGGCUCCGAGUACUUCAACGGUUCUGCUAUGGAGGAUUUUAAUAGCUUUGACUUCAGUGGACAGUCAAAAUCUUUUGUCGAUCCUUCCCUCAUCCACCCGGAGAUUGCCCGCCAUCCGAUGCCCAUCUCGCCCUAUGACGGGCACUUUCAACACGCCCAGGCUCACCAGUUUGUGCCCUCACCUUCUCUAUCAUCAUCACCACAGCCCAACCUGGUUCGCACCGACAGCACUUCACCGUUUCUCCAUAAUGGUCCCUUUGGCCCCAACUACACACACAGCCCAUACGUUGCACAGAUGGACCCUAAUGGCCGCCGUGUAAGCAUGGCCAACUUUAUUUCACCGGUGGGAUCUGGCGACUUUAGCGGCGACGAAACCAAGGAAAAGCAAAGAUGCACAUAUCCCGACUGCGGCAAGGUGUUCAAGGAUCUAAAGGCGCAUAUGCUCACUCACCAAAAUGAGCGACCCGAAAAAUGCCCCAUCCAGACCUGCGAGUAUCACAUCAAGGGGUUUGCGCGCAAGUACGACAAGAACAGGCACACCUUGACCCAUUAUAAGGGCACCAUGGUCUGCGGUUUCUGCCCUGGCUCAGGUUCUCCCGCGGAGAAAUCAUUCAACAGAGCAGAUGUCUUCAAGAGACAUUUGACGGCGGUUCACGGCGUCGAACAGACUCCCCCCAAUAGCCGCAAAAAGACGCCAACUGGUGUCUCCGCCGGGAAGAAGCUCACUGGUUAUGCCCCUGAUGCCACCGGAAAAUGCAGUACUUGCUCGCAAACCUUCUCCAACGCCCAGGACUUCUAUGAGCAUUUGGAUGAUUGUGUCCUCAGAAUUGUACAGCAAGAAGACCCUGCUGAGGCAAUCAACGCCCAGCGACUGGCGGAGGUGGAGAAUGACAAGAUUGUUCACCAUACUCUGGAGAAGAACAACCUUCCAACUACAACACCAGCUAUGCAAGCUACUCAGAACGACGAAGACGACGAUGAUCUGGACAUGAACGAGGACGAUGAAGCUGACGACGUUUCCUCCAAGGCCAAUUCUUCACCAUCAAAUAAGAAGAAGGGUAACCCAGCCAAUGGCGUGCAAAAAUCUCGUGGCUUAACACACUCUCGAGGUGGUGUACCUAUGGCCACCAAGGCGCGUGGUCGCAAGAAUCGCCGGGACUACCCAUCGUCCUGGGGCUUUGACAAGGGUCAAAUGACAAUGCGAAAGCGUAUUAUGGCCGUGUUUGACGGGCCUCGCAGAUUGGCCAAGGACGACAUGAUGCUAUCAACUGACCAUGAAGUACGCAUCAAGUUGUCAGAUGGUAAAUCAUACGUUACAGAUCUGGAUGUCCAGACACUGAAGCGAGCUGAAGGUUUCCUUGGCGCCACGAAUGAAGAGAAAGGUCCUUGGAUCUCUGACGACCCUACUGAGGAGCAAUUGAAGGAAAUGCAAGAAAUGUUGAAGACGAAUACUGCCUGA